CUUUUACCAUACAAUAGUGAAAAUUUUGGAACUAACCAUACUGAAGCAUAGAAGCAAAUCAUUGCUACUAAGGGAAGUCCUUGAAAAUAUAAUCUCUGCUCCUUUUCGGCAUAGGACUAAUCACAUUAAUGUUGAUGAAACUAAUUGCAUUUUCAGUCUCAUCAUUUUUAACAAACAAGAGAAUAAUUUAUUUAUUGGUUGAAUUAUGUUAUCCUUUAUUAAUUACUAGCUUGUAACCCGACCCGUUGGUCGGAGGAGCUGAGCGGAAUAUUGAAUUAUUGGGAUAACCCGUAGAUUCAACCAUUAAGCUAAAUUGGUCUAAUGGUGAGUACCGCCUAGCAUAUCCCUAAUAAUCAUACCAAAGUGAAUAUAUUGGAACAUAAACAGUACAUCAAAAGUUGGUACAACCAUGAAGUUAGACCAUUAAAAACAUACCAAUGAAAUUGAAUAGCAUCGAAAAACUUCAACUUCAUUAUAUAAUUACAUGAGAUCAGAAAGAGAACACCAUUAAUUUGAUUUAUAAAACUUUCAUCUUGUCGUCAUUGUGCUUUCUGGUUUUUGUCAGGCCAUGAUAAAAUCUAAGGAAAUCAAGAACGAACAACACGAUUUGGGAUAGGAACCGCCGUUGUCGUAUUCCUAGAGAAUGGUGGUAAACACGGACUCACCUGCCAAACUGGUUUGGAUUGAGAUUUUUAUCAGGUAUCAGGGAACCAUGUGAUUAUAAAUUAGACUUGAUCAAAACGGGCCAAAACUUAAAAUUCAGCCUGUUUGACCGACCCAUGCAAAAUUCUAAUUAUUCGUUACUUUUAAACUUUCUAUUUGAAAAUAAAAAAUAGUGAAAGAAAAUAGAUGACUGCAAUUCGCCAUUUGCACAUCACUUAUUCGGGAAUAAAACCAUAGAAAUUCAAAAGAAACUGAAAAUGUUUAGGAUCGUUUUAAUGUUUAAAAUAACCAAAUAGAUCUUUCUGUUUAGUUUUUUACUAACAAAUACCAAACGAUUCCCUAUAAAAUACACUAUAAUUUUAUCAUUAUGAUAUCAAAUAAUUAUAUAAUAUAUAUUUGAAAUGAUAAAAAUUGGACUAAUUGGGUUGGUCGAGAUUGAACCAUUGAAUAACUUUAAACUACAUUAUAUUUUAGCCACUAAAAUAUAAAAUAAUAUAAUAAUAUAUAUUAUGCUAGAGAAAAUAGCUUGUUUUAGAAUGUCAAACCAAUGAUGUUCAUUUGUUUUACUUGAUGGCCAAAUCCGGUGUAGGUCAGGCCCAUUCAACUCUUUUAUUUUAUGGUUAGCGGUUAGCCCUUUAGAUACCAUGCAUUAGUUUAUUGUUAAUUUUUUUUUAUUUUUAGCAUAAAAAGAAGUAUUGUUUUUGCCUUUUCAUAUAUAUUUGAUCACCACGGAGAAAUACAAGGGCUUAAAGAAAAAAAUUGACACUCCUGAACCCGUUUAAAUCCGCAUGUGUACGGUAAGUUGGCCCGUUCCACAGAGGAAAGAGAAAAAAAUUAACACUACCUAUUCUACCCUUCCUACAAACGCUCAUGGAGCAGGGAAUUUGAAAUUGGGGGAAGAGGUUUUUCCUCCCUGCUAUUAUAUGUUUUUGAUUUAAAAGGAUAUUACAAAUGUACUUAGUGUGAUUGGUUAUGUUCCUUGCUUUUCUUUAAAAUGGACAUGGUUCGAGUCCCAGUACGUGUCUUUUUAAUGAAUAAAAAAAAGUAAUUGUGAAGACCAAAAUGUCCUUCCUACUUUCACUCUCGUUGCAGGAAAUUUGAAAUGGGGCUCCCGUUUUUCCCUUCGGUGUAUUAUAUUAUGUGUAGAUGUAGAAAAUAUUUUCCCCCUGUUAAUCACUAAAUAAUAUAUCUAAACAACACUGUGAGAUGAAGGUCUACCUAAACAAACCACCCAAUCAAUAACCUGUAAAUAAGAAUAUUAAACCAACCCCAAAAAAUAUAUAUAAUUAAUUUCCUCCCUUCACUAACAACAUAGUUGACAAAAUUUAAAGGCCCCAAAACAGAACAAGUUGCAGGCGCCAGCACUUGGUGACAAAUGCAUCGCAAUUAACGCUGAAAUAUGAUUAAUUAUUGACUUAAUUAUAAUAAUGAGACCGACGAGACCAUACUAAAACUGAUGAAAACGGUUCUUUUACAUUCCUCUCCCAGCUUCCCGUCCUAAUUCGAGCAACGAUGAAUCGAUACUGUCAUUAGCUUCCACCAUCAUGGCUGCAGCCCUUAUUUCCCAGGUCCAGAAAGAGCUGGUUGACUUCGCCAUUAAAGAGAUUAAGCAACACGGGAAGCUUGUGAUAGACACAGAAAGAGACAUCGAGAAGCUCAUAUCCACUUUCACAGCCAUCGGAGCUCUGCUGCUGGAUGCAGAGGAGAAGGAAUUGAAGAAUGAAAGCAUCCGAGACUGGCUGAAGAAGCUCAAGGACGUGUCCUAUGAGAUCGAUGAUGUGCUGGACGAGUGGAAAACCGACAUCCUCAAGCGUCAGCUCGACGGAGACGAUAAUGAUGCUGACGGCGGUGGCUGUUUGGAGGUGAAGCUGCUUCAGAUCUCUGAUUUUCUGAAACGAGUAUGCCCUUUCCUCCCUACUUAUUGUUUCUCUCCUAACGAAAUUGGUCUUCGUUAUGAUAUUGGCUUGAGGAUGAAAACAUUAAAUCAACGUCUAGACGAUAUAGACAAGGAGAAAAAAUUUCACAAUUUAACUCCCAAGCAGGGGGCUUCAUAUUCAAGUUUGCCAACUAGUUCCGUUAUCGAUUCCUCUGACUUGAAAGUCAGACAAGGAGAGUUCGAAAUAUUGCAGAGCAAGUUAUUGGAUGAUAGCCAUGAUCAAUUGGGUGUGAGAAGUAUCUCUAUCCAAGGCCUCGGUGGGUUUGGGAAGACCACAUUGGCCAAAAUGUUAUACAAUGAUAAGAAAGUGGAAGAUCAUUUCGGCAAAAGGGUAUGGGUCUGUGUUUCUACUGAUUUUGUUCAAGAAACAGUCGCGAAAGCCAUACUUGAAUCUUUCAAUCAAUCUGCUUCAAAAGACAGUUCAUUAUCAUACAUGUUGGAAUGUAUCAAGUCUCUUAUGGAGGUCAAGAAGUUUCUUCUAGUUCUUGAUGAUGUGUGGGAAGAUAGUGAAAGCAAGUGGAAAGAACUCAUAAGUUCUGUUUCUCACGGAUUACCAGGAAGCAAAAUCUUGGUGACUACACGAAAAGAGGGUGUUUCUCAAGUGUUUCGUUGCAUCAAGAAAGAUAUCUUUCCUUUACAAAAGAUAUCUGAUGGUGAAUGUCGGACUAUUUUCACACAAAUUGCAUUUUAUGGAUGGAGCGAUGAGGAGAGAGAACGUGUAGAAGAACUAUGUGAAAAAGCAAUAAAAAAGUGUUCUGGUUCACCGCUUGCGGCAAAAGUUUUGGGAGGGGUACUACAUGUGAAAAAAUCUAAAAGGGAUUGGAAGCAGCUUCUGGGAAGUGAAAUGUGGCGGAUAGAGAAAGGAAGAGACGAAGUUAUUGCUCCUCUAGCGUUGAGUUACUAUGAUUUGCCUCCGGCGCUUAGACAGUGCUUUCAGUUUUGUUCUGUAUUUCCGCAGGAUUACAUAAUGGAGAAGGACGAAUUGAUUAAGUUGUGGAUGUCACAGGGUUUUCUAAAAGCAACAACGAACCAAGAUAUGGAGGAAGUCGGUGAAGAGUACUUUCAAAUGUUAGUUAUGCGAUCAUUCUUCCAAGAUUUGGAAAAGGAGCUGUGUUGGGAUAAGGAAUAUUUAUUUUGCAAAAUGCAUGAUUUGGUUCAUGAUUUUGCGCGGCUUACAACCAAGAACGAGUGCAUCAGCAUCGAAAAGCAAGAUGCAAAUAGCUCAUUACCCUUGAUCGACAAUGAAGUUCGUCAUUUUAUGGUAAAAGACCUGAGUAGCGAGGAAGUUACAAAACUGAUAGGAUCCAUCGGAUGUUCGCACCUCUCUUUAACAAGGCGUAAUAAUUAUCUACGGAGCUUCAUAGCAAGAAGGUGUGGAGGUGACAUCGAACCUGAUGCAUAUGCUCAUCUGCGAGGCAUAAGGUCGUUGGUACUCUAUGAGCAAUGUGGUCUGGAAGAAAUACCAUCAACAAUCAUGCAGCUAAUUCAUUUGAGACAUUUGGAUUUAUCUUUUAACAGAUACUUGAAGGAGUUGCCGGAGGAAAUAUGCGAGUUGUAUAAUCUAGAGACUCUGCUCCUCAAUGAAAAUGUGAGCUUGAAGAUGCUCCCUAGUGGAAUGGGGAAUAAGCUGGUGAACUUAAAGCAUCUCGAAAAUUGCAGCGUCCCAGCGGUGCUCCCCAGAUCAAUGGUCAGGUUGGCUAAUUCCCUAAAGACAUUAACCCAAUUUAAUGUAGUGAAGCUGCAGGAUAAGGAGGUAGCUACCAAUAUUGGUGAUCUAGAGUGCAUGAACCAUAUCCAGGGAUCCCUUAUAAUAAGCGGGUUAGGUAAGGUAGCGAAUUGCGAGGAGGUGAAGCGUGCACAGCUCGCCAAAAAACAAUCUUUGACUUGGUUAAUGCUGGAUUUCGACGGGGGAGAGGAAGAACAAGUGUUGGAAGCCAUAAGGCCAUCAUCAAGCUUGGAAAGCCUAUACAUAGGAGAGUACAGGGGAGUGAGCAUAUUCCCUAGCUGGUUACUGUCACUCUCCAACUUAACAUCCCUAGAAUUCAAUGGGUGCUAUCAAGUGGAGCAUCUUCCCCCUUUGGGCGUCCUGCCCUCCCUCGAAGAGCUUAAAUUGGAAGCCAUGUUUAGAGUGAAGAAGGUUGGGGUUGAGUUCUUGUGGGAGACUAGUACUGUGAUACAGCAGCAGCUGCAGAAGAAGAAGAAGAUGGGUAACAACAACAAAGGCCGUGAUAUUAUUACUGCAUUCCCCAAGCUCACGCUGCUUUGUUUUGGGGAGAUGAGUGAUUGGAAAGUGUGGGAUUUAGAGUGCGAUGAUCAGGAAGCCGGAAUGUUGAUCAGCUCGACCACAGUCAUGCCCCGCCUGCGUCAUUUGGAGCUGUCAUGGUGCGAGAAGCUUGAGAAGGUGCCGGAUGUGCUUCUCCGGAAAACCACUCUGGAGCGGCUGGUAAUGUACUACAGUGGCGGGCUGGGGAAUUACAGGUUCGAACCCAAGAAUCCCAAAAUGGUGCCGGAUGAGGUGUGGGACAAAAUCUCUCACAUCCCCACCAUUAGCCUCGAAGGAGUGGACAUCCGAACAAGAUUCAAGAGCCAGAUAGAUGCCAUGUCGGGAAUCGGCUGCUCUAACAGCAAACCGAAGGAGGAAGAAACAGGACAUGAUGAUGAUGACGACGACGACCAUCACGAUGAAGAAAUACGUUCGGAGUGAGCAGAGCAAGAGCAACGCACUCAUUCGUUCUUCCGCCCAAUCACCUCCGCCCAUCUCCGCUAGCAGCUGCCACCCGCACCCGGCUACAGUUUCAUUUAUCAUUUUACAACACAGCUUUCAUUUCAGAUUGACGCUUGAAGUACUGUGAUAACAAUUUGCGUGAAUCGUUUAAGACAACAAUAAGAGUUUGCAAACAGAACCUCAGAGGAAGUCUGUCUGUUGUAUGACUAUGCGUGUUUGUAUGUUUGUUUUGUGCCGUACUUUACCAGAGCUGCUCAUCUAGUGGUAUAUCAAACUCUCUCCUUCUUCAUCUGUAGCAUGCUGCUCUCUAGUCUCUAUGUCUCGUUGUUAAGCGUCUUGUUAAUUUCUCUUUUCUGUUUGGAUUUUCCCUUCUUGACUUAUGUUGGGGAAACCAGAAGGGAAAAGCAGAGCUUUUGUGCCUGUAACUGUAAGUAUUGCCAAUAAAUUGAUCAAUGUAAG